CAAAAUAGGCCUCCAUAUUGAAUGUUUGGUAGAAACCGCAGCGAUCAUCGAAAAUGAAACUGAAGCGCUUUUUACUUCGUUAUUAUCCACCAGGAAUUAUAUUGGAGUAUGAACAAGGAGGAAAUGUAAAAACCAAAUCCAUAGACCUAUUGGACCUACGACCAGAGACUGACGUAGAUAGUGUGGUAGAGGAAAUUGCUCAGAAGGAGCCUCUUAUAACAUCCUCAAAAACAGACCAAGUCAAGAAGCUUGUUAUUCGUUUGCAGGAAAAAUUGAGUCAGCGAGAUGAUCACCACUUCUAUCUAUUCAAGGUGCUAAGAGCUCACAUACUGCCGUUAACAAAUGUUGCAUUCAACAAGUCUGGAUCAAGUUUUAUCACUGGUAGCUAUGACAGGACUUGUAAAGUGUGGGACACGGCCUCCGGAGAAGAGCUUCAUACCUUGGAGGGACACAGAAACGUUGUUUACGCCAUCGCCUUUAAUAACCCUUAUGGGGACAAGAUAGCUACAGGUUCUUUUGAUAAAACAUGUAAGCUGUGGAGUUCCGAGACUGGCAAGUGCUUUCAUACAUUCCGAGGUCAUACAGCAGAAAUUGUGUGUCUAAGCUUUAACCCCCAAAGUUCUGUGAUCGCCACUGGUAGUAUGGACACCACUGCCAAACUGUGGGAUGUUGAAACAGGACAGGAGAAGGCAACUCUCUCGGGUCAUUCGGCUGAAAUCAUCUCCUUAUCCUUCAGUUCCAAUGGUUGUCAGCUUAUCACAGGUUCAUUUGACCACACAGUGUCUGUUUGGGAUGUCAACUCGGGAAGAAAAAUUCACACUUUGAUCGGCCACAAGGCAGAAAUCAGCAGUGCCCAGUUCAACUAUGAUUGUUCUUUAAUCGCCACAGGCUCCAUGGACAAAACAUGUCGCGUCUGGGAUGCGGCUUCAGGGAAAUGUGUUGGGACGUUACGUGGCCACGAUGAUGAAGUGCUGGAUGUCGGGUUUGAUUACACUGGACAGCAUAUAUUGACAGCCUCCGCGGACUCCACUGCCCGUGUCUACGAAACAGUGAAUUUCAAAUUGCUCUGUAAACUGGAGGGGCAUGAGGGCGAAAUAUCCAAGAUCUGCUUUAACCCACAAGGGACCUCAGUGCUCACAGCAAGUUCAGACAAAACAGCACGACUCUGGGAUCCUAAUACAGGCACAUGUAAACAAAUUCUGGAAGGACACUCCGAUGAAAUAUUUAGCUGUGCUUUUAAUUAUGAAGGAAACACGGUUAUCACAGGGAGCAAAGACAACACUUGUCGAAUAUGGAGGUGAUGUUAGCGGAAGAAGAAAACUUUGUCAGUAUUAAAACAUUUUUACCAGUCCGCUUGGAUGACUGGCCCAUAUAUCACAGCAACGUCUUCACCAUUUUCCGCUGUAGGAGACUGUGGACAUCAGGGUCAUUGGGAAAGACAGUCAUCAGUCUACAAGGAACUUGUACAGUUUUUGAUUGGAGGAUAUUGAAUUCAUGUUAGCGCUUGCCAUAUGGAUGUAUUGGUUGUGAUCGCCUCAAAUUAAUGGAGUUUUUCAUUCCGUCUUUUUUAUUUAUCAUGAUACUUUUUCAUUCCAAGAAUAAAAUUUUAAUUGUCUGUGUUGAAAGGUGUAUGGCAUAGUAAGAGAAAACAGGCACUUGGAACAAACUUCUUACCUGCAAUCCAUAUAUACAUGUAACUGGACUGUGCUCAUUUAGGAUAUGGAAAUUUGUUUCUCCAAGUGCAGAGAAUAAAAACUUGAAUAUGUGUAUUUAUGAUCAGCGAGUAUAUCAGAUAAGUAAAUUAGCACAUUUUAUUGUGAAAGCUUGGUUUAAAUGAAAUGUUAGUAAUUUGUAUUGAAGAGUCUGCUUGAAGUUAUAUUUUCAAGAUUGUGUUAACAUUGAAUAAAGUGAAAUUAUGAUAUAGUCAGACCAAGUGAUCUGUCACGUAACUGGGUAACAUAAAUGUUUAGAAUGGGGUAUUUUUUCUCCAACCUUUUAAUUGUUCAGGUGUAUCAAGUAUGGUGAACAGUCUCGGAUGUCUUGUCUGAUGAUCACUUUCUUUUCUAUGUAGCAGUUAGACUGGAGGCCAACAUGACCGGUCAUUCUUGACUGAUUUAGGUCAUAAUGUAGGUUGUCGAUAGAUGACUGGUCACUCUGGUCUGAAUCAGGUCGUAAUGUAGGUUGUCGAUGGAUGACCGGUCACUCUGGUCUGAGUCGGGUCGUAAUGUAGGUUGUCGAUGGAUGACCGGUCACUCCGGUCUGAGUCAGGUCGUAAUGUAGGUUGUCUAUGGAUGAUAGGUCACUCUGGUCUGAGUCAGGUCGUAAUGUAGGUUGUCGAUGGAUGACCGGUCACUCCGGUCUGAGUCGGGUCGUAAUGUAGGUUGUCUAUGGAUGACCGGUCACUCUGGUCUGAGUCGGGUUGUAAUGUAGGUUGUCGAUGGAUGACCGGUCACUCUGGUCUGAGUCAGGUCGUAAUGUAGGUUGUCAAUAGAUGACUGGUCACUCUGGUCUGAGUCAGGUUGUAAUGUAGGUUGUCGAUGGAUGACCGGUCACUCUGGUCUGAGUCAGGUCGUAAUGUAGGUUGUCAAUAGAUGACUGGUCACUCUGGUCUGAGUUAGGUCGUAAUGUAGGUUGUCGAUGGCAUUAUGUACAGCUUUGAGUUUACCUAAAAAAUUCAAAUUAUUUUAUGUGUAUAACAUGAGGUUAGUGUGGCAAUCAUAUCUUAAACAAAGCACAGAAAAUUUGUAUAAUUAAUUAGCAUGCCUAUGUAUUUUGACUUUCAUUUCAUCAUGUUGUAGUUCUAAUACAUAUAUAUGUGUAGAAGCUGAAAAUUUGUAGAUAGAAAUAUGUUCCACAAAAUUUUGUAUAAAAGUACUUGCUGUUAUUUAGAAUACAGUAAUGGAAAUCUUGUGUGUUUGUAGUGUAUAGUGUGGUACAUUAGGUAACAAAUCGUCAUACAUUCCAAAAAUCUAGCCAUAUAUACAAUCAUUUAUUUUGUGCAUUCCAAUCCACCUUUUCUAGGUUAUGUUAAAUAGUUAUUGUUGCCAUUUAUCAGUAAAGGUUGUCGAGAUAAAAACUCGGGUAUAAAUAAACAUGUAACAGCUAAUAGAUGUCUCUAAGGUUUAAAAUCAUGUUAUGAUAAUCAUAUAAGCCUGUCAAUUCACUGUUAUCUGUUCACUUGUCUAGAGCUGCCAAUCAGACCUAUGUGAUGUAUUUCCUAUAAGGAAAUCAAAAGCCAGUACUAGAUUUUAUAUCUUUUUCAAUUUGUUUAAAACUGCUGUCGUCUCAUUCAAAUGGACAUUUUUUAUUUUCAAUUUGAAACUAUCCCUCAUUAUGCUGUCAAGAGCAAAAUAAAAUACAAAUUGUUGAAUUCUAUUCUACUAUUCUAUGAUUUUUUUUUAGCUUAUUGAGGGGGUGCGACCAAAAAGGGGCAAUUCGGUUUUAUUGCUAUAGACGACUUAUUCUCUAUUUAUGACAUGUUGAAGCAAACAGUUGAUCAGAAUUUAACAAGGACCAACAUGUCUUGGGCUUUAUAACAGAUUACAGUUUACAACAUGCAUAUAUUCUUUAUAUUUCUGGAGUCCUCCUGUGGGGUAUAUAUUAAUGGAAUAGCCCUAAAUAUGGGACAUGCAGGCACGGAUCCAGGAAUUUGAGGGGGGGGGGGGGGCAAAAUUACGGAAAAUGAAAUGAUUAUGGCAAAUUUUGCAAUCUUUCGGGACCCCCCCACCCCACCCCGGAUCCGCUAGUGACAGGUGAUCUAUUGUCAGUGGGAGAUUGAUCGUGAUAUAUGCUACUUUGUGUUUAUAUAACCAAAAAUGGAAUAACAUACUGUACCCCUCGACUGCUGACAUCAAUAAUUGUCAAAUACCAGAUUCAAUGAUACAUAAAACUGAAAAACAUAAAGUGAUAUAAUUUGUCUGUGUUGAUGAAGUACCUCCUAUGAUUGUAUAGUUUCCGUCCACUGAAGAAAACAAUCUGUCUGUGAUGGUGUUAAUAGCGUAACAUCAUUCCAUAGUUAUCCUAUUGUGCAUACGUUUUUAACAUUUCUAUAUACAUAUAUGAUAUCUAUACAUUUAUUUUUAAUCUUAUUUAUUGAAACUGAAAUCCAUCCAUACAUUUCUUCCCGUCCUCAAAUUUUGUUAUAUACGAUAAUACAUAUUAUGAACAGAAUGAGUUGAGAUUUUUUUUCUGUGUUCCGUGUCUUUUUCAUUUGCAUUAAAAAUUGUUUUUAUUUUAAUGAAACAUACACAAAUGUAUAUUAAUAUGUAUAUCUGUUUGUGAAAGAAGUGUCUAAACAUGACUAAUUAAUGAUGUGUACAAUUUUCAAUAUCAAAUUUUCAAAAUGUGAUUCGACAUAAUUAAGAAGUGUGCCUGCCAUGUCUUUCCGAGAUCAUUAUUACAACUUAACCUGUAGUAUUUAUAAGACUUACAGGUCCAAUAUACCACUUCCUUAAAGUUUAUGUAAAGAAAGCUUAAUCCAAAGGGGAAGAUUUUAAUUAGAAGAUGUUCAAUAGGAAGCUUGGCAAGUGUUGGCAGAUUUUGAUUUACAAAUUCUGAGGAUCUGAUCUUACGCGAAAGAGUCAAGGCCAGAAUUCAUAUUAAACCAGUUAUGCAGAUAUCAAACUCAAAAACUGAUUUGAAAAGUGACUAGAAGCCCUACAGCCAAAUGUGAUAGGUAUUACGACACUGAUAACAUGGUAGUCAUGUGUUGGGAGUUAUUAUGACGCUGAUUACAUGGAAGUCAUGACGAUGAUGCCUUUAUGAUAGUUAUGUUAUGAAAUACAUUAUGAUAGUACUGCUGAAUAUGGUGUUUGCUUCUAUACUUGCUCAAGUCCCGACUUAACUAUUUUUUCAACGUUUCCAUAUCCUUGAUUAUAACUUAUUAUGACAUUAAAGAUGUAUGUAUUGUAUUCUUACUGUCUAUAAGACAACAAUCUUCCUAUUAUGAUUCUUAACUUUGAGUUUCCUUUCUUCAGCAGUCUAAUAUCACUAUUCAUGUUGCCAGUGUAAUGCUGAGGAAAUGUCCAAAAUUUGUACAUGCAUUCUGACAAAACUGACAAAGCAAAUGUCAGAGCUCAGUCACUUGUCAGCAUUUGCAGGACUGGGAGGUUUUUGGAUGAAUAUUCCUCAUGCAUAGAUUGUUGCUUCCACAGGUAUUAAUUUCUAAUCUACAUAAUAGUUAUUAACCAAUGAAAAGUUGUGUUACAUCAAUGGCAUGGUACUGUUAUACAUCAUUCUAUACCGUGUAUUCUCAUUUGGUCUGUGUUUGUUUACAAUUGUCACUAGUCAGUUGCAACUGUUGCAAGGUUUCUGCUAGAAUAUCGUUCAAAUUGAAGUAAAAAAGACAGAAAUUGUAUUUUGUUAUGAUGUGUGUGCAAUUCACGCUUUCAAAAAUUAAAUGAAAGUAUACAAAAAUA